AUGGCUCCAGAGGUGGGCCUGCAAUGUGAAGGUCAGAGUCACAAAGCCAUGUUGAGACUGAAUCUGCGUGAGUUUAAGUUUGCCCAGACCCUUAUGUUUGCUAUAGAGGAGAUAAACAACAGCACCGGCCUACUACCAGGCAUAACUCUAGGAUACAAGAUAUACGAUGCUUGCAGCUCCAUUAUCUUGGGCAUCCGUUCAGCCAUGGCCCUGAUGAAUGGCUUUGGGGAGACUCUGAGCGACACGUCGUGCCAGCGGCCACCGGCUGUUCAAGCCAUCGUAGGGGAGUCUGGCUCCACUCCCACUAUUGGCAUCGCCUCUGCAGUGGGACCUUUCAGUAUCCCCGUGGUCAGUCACUUUGCCACAUGCGCAUGUCUCAGUAACAAAAAGAGGUUCCCAACAUUUUUCAGGACCAUCCCAAGUGACUACUACCAGAGCAGAGCCCUGGCACAGCUAGUCAAACUCUUUGGCUGGACGUGGGUCGGAGCCGUAAGAAGCAGGAAUGAUUACGGAUAUAACGGAAUGGCCACUUUUACAGAGGCCGCGGAGGAGCUGGGGAUUUAUACCAGACAGCAAAUACGGGCUGUGGUUGAGGUGAUGAGAAAGGCGACGGCCAAAGUUGUAGUGGCGUUCAUGUCACUGGGGGAUAUCAUCCCUCUUUUGGACGAGCUGGCACAGCAUAACGUAUCAGGGCUACAGUGGGUGGGUAGCGAAUCAUGGAUAACUUCCAAAGGCUUGUCAGAGACAAAAGCCUUCAGUUUCCUCACAGGUGCCAUUGGCUUUGUAAUUGGAAACGUACAGCUCAGCGGCCUGAAGGAGUUUCUGGUCGACGUGCAUCCUUUCAAAGCACCGCACAAUCUCCUUCUCAGGGAGUUCUGGGAGACGGCGUUUGAGUGCUCGUUCGAAAACACUCACAUAACAGGUUCACAGUGCACAGGUUCGGAGAGCUUGCUGACUCUACAGAAUCAGUACACUGAUAUGUCUGAGCUGCGCAUCACUAACAAAGUCUACACCGCUGUGUAUGCUGUUGCACACUCUUUACACAGCCUUAUAAUGGAGGCCAGUGACAAUGGCAGUAUAUGGAAUGUAUUAGUUCCUGAAAAGGUGCUUGAGUAUUUGAAGAAGGUGAAUUUCACCUCCAAGACUGGGGAGCAGAUAUUUUUUGACUCCAGGGGAGACCCUGCUGCUCGGUAUGAGCUGGUCAACUGGCAGCCCGAUGACGAUGGAACUCUGCAGUUUAAAUCUGUUGGAGUCUAUGACACAUCUGCACCCUCAGAACAGCGCUUUGUUUUGAAUCAAGGAGGCCUGACAUGGGCCGGUGGCCAAUCACAGGUGCCCGUGUCUGUGUGCAGUGAGAGCUGUCCCCCAGGUACCAGGAAGGCCCAACAGAAAGGAAAGCCCAUAUGUUGCUACGACUGUAUACCGUGUGGAGAGGGAGAAAUCAGCAAUGAAACAGAUUCCUAUGACUGCAUUCCAUGUGAUUUGGAGUACUGGUCAAAUGAGAGUAAGGAUAAGUGUGUGUUGAAAUAUAUUGAAUACCUGUCUUAUUCUGAGAUCAUGGGAAUUGUGCUGGUAUUUUUCUCUGUAUUUGGUACGACAGUCACUAUUUUGGUGGCAGCCGUGUUUUUCACACACAGAGACACACCCAUAGUGAAAGCGAACAACUCAGAACUGAGCUUCCUGCUGCUCUUCUCCCUGACUCUCUGCUUCCUCUGUUCUCUUACUUUCAUUGGUCGGCCCUCUGAGUGGUCCUGCAUGUUGCGUCACACAGCGUUUGGGAUCACCUUUGUUCUCUGCAUCUCCUGUGUUCUGGGGAAAACGAUAGUGGUGUUAAUGGCCUUCAGAGCCACUCUUCCAGGCAGUAAUGUCAUGAAGUGGUUUGGGCCUCUGCAACAGAGACUCAGUGUUCUUGGCUUCACUCUUGUACAAGUCCUCAUAUGUGUGCUCUGGUUGACCAUAUCACCUCCCUUCCCUUACAGAAACAUGCACCUUUACAUUGAUAAGAUCAUUCUAGAAUGUGACGUGGGUUCAGCCAUAGGAUUUUGGGCCAUAUUAGGUUAUAUUGGACUACUUGCUCUGUUGUGUUUCGUCCUGGCUUUUCUGGCUCGUAAACUACCAGAUAACUUCAACGAGGCCAAAUUCAUCACAUUCAGCAUGCUGAUAUUCUGUGCAGUCUGGAUCACUUUUAUUCCAGCUUAUGUCAGCUCUCCUGGAAAAUUUACAGUGGCUGUGGAGAUAUUUGCCAUUUUGGCCUCUAGUUUUGGAUUACUUCUGUGUAUUUUCACACCAAAAUGUUACAUUAUUCUAAUAAAGCCUGAGCAAAACACAAAGAAACACAUGAUGGGAAAGACUGCACCAGGCUCCAUAUAG